GGGCUGGCGCCUGGGGACGGACACCGGCGGGGGGAGAUGCGCUGAGCCUCAGCCGCGGGGCAGCCGUGCCCGGCGCAUCCCCGCCGCCGGAGUCGUCGUCUUUGUCCCUUCAAACUUCCCCGGCGGCCCGGUGCUCUCGCUGUCGCUGGAGAUGAGUCUGGGGCGCAGCUAGGUCGUGGAUUGGUGGCAGUUGCUUUUAGUAAUGGAUAUUUCUAGGGUAUUCUUCUGAAGUGAAGAAAUAAAAGACGUAUUUACAGCUUUUUGGCAUUGGAGAGAUAUGUGCUGGGUACAAGAAUGCAGGGCUUUUACUUCUUCCAGUACUAAAAUUUGCUGAUUUCAUAUGGUGCAGAUGUUAGUUCUAAGUAACAGGUAUAUACGUGUAUAUUUUUAAGAAGCACUGCCUCUUAUCUCCAAGUGUCGAUGAGUAAAAGCUGUGCAGUUAGCUUUGAGAAAGGCUGCAGUGCCAUUUCACUUCCUCAGUUUGGCAGGAUGGUGCUUGGCAGAUUCCGGAUCUGUGAGCCUUCAGUCCACGGUUAAAAAGACUGUUGUAUCACCAAAACAAGAUCAGAAAUCAGUAGCUUGUUAUGAUUUUUGUGCAGAUAAAUGCUACCGUUGAUACUCUUUAAGUUAACCCUGCGUCAAGCAAACUUCAGCUGUGGCAGUGCUGUUUGACGCUUCUGUAUGGUCACUCUGAAGACACGAAGAGAAACAUUCUGCCCCUCUGUCAGCUCAUGGGAGUUCUGUUAUGAAAGUUUUGACUUCUGUUAGGCCUCACUUUGGUUUUAAAAUCUCACAAGAGUGAUGUAUGUAGUUACUUCUGAUGGCCUUUUUAAUCAAAUUCUCUUUUGUACUGGUGAGGAAUUCUGGCUCUUGCCUGGCUAUGUAGACAGUGCCUCCUAGGGAAGUGCUAAUUCCGUUCCAUCAUCAUUGAUUGCGAAUAGGAGAUGGUGCAUAUAGAUUCAAUUAGGACAUGUAUGUACAAUAUGGAUACUUGAACAGCAAUUAGUAACACUGGAUCUGCUUUUUUAUUGUUUAGCCAUUAUUUAGAAAUGAGAGGGACAGCAAAAAUGCAUUUGACAACUGAUUAUUCAGUUAUUUCUGUGUUUUUGCAAACUAUAAGUAGAGGAGAACUAGCAGAAAAAAAUCUCUUCCUUUGGGUCAGAAAUCUAUUUCACACUGAUAUUCAGUGAAUCAGCUGUGUGAACAGGUUACCAAAAUCCACCUUUCAGAUCAUAUAGAAGAGGAAAAGCAUUGUUUUCUAUCAAGACUUGAGUUUAAAGAAAUGAAAAAUGCUGUCCUCCUUAUUAGUGAUUCUUUCCAGGAAUAUGUUAAAGUUAUGCUUAUGUUUUCCUGGGGGAACAAAUAAGCUCUGAUCUGCUAUAUGAAACUAGAUGUGUAAGUUUGUUUUAAAAAAGAAAAUUAAUGUACUGAUUUACCUGUAAUUUGAGCAUUAUUAUACCGUUCCUUAUUCUUUGAAAAUCACUACAAACAGCUGAAAGUUCUGUAUUUGCAAAAUCCUAAAAUGAACUUCAGCAUUUCUGCAGCCCUAUAAAAGAAAGGGGACAAUAUGCGUUCCUCCUUCUGUGUUUGCUCUCCUGACUGAAACAGAUGUCAAGGGGUUGACAGUGGGUGGGGUGAGCUAUCACAUAUUUUAUGUGUCUGAUGAGCGCGCAGGCUGCAUAGCAUCAGUUGUUCUCCGCUUGCUGGUCAGUGGCAAAAGCUCAUAACUAGAAGAUGGUCUUAGUGCUUAAAGCCGGGGUAGAGUACUCUAAAUGCAGUGACUUACAGCGCGUAAGUGUAGAUAAUCUGAUACCAAGAUUCGGGAGCCAGCUUUGAUCCUUUUAUGGCCAGAGGUUUUCUACCAUGUCUGUAGCUGAGAAGAAGGCAAGUGGAUUUCUCAAAAACAUACAGAAGAGAUCUAGAAUCCUCAAGCAAAUUCUGGCUGCUGGAGGUUCCCGAUAACAGAUAAAAGUAUUUGACCACCAUGAGUUGGAGUUUUUUGACCCGUCUGUUAGAGGAGAUCCACAAUCACUCAACCUUUGUUGGCAAAAUCUGGCUGACAGUGCUGAUUGUAUUUCGGAUUGUCCUAACUGCUGUGGGAGGAGAAUCCAUUUAUUAUGAUGAACAAAGCAAGUUUGUGUGCAACACGGAGCAGCCUGGCUGUGAGAAUGUUUGUUAUGAUGCUUUUGCUCCUCUUUCACAUGUGAGAUUUUGGGUGUUUCAGAUCAUUCUUGUAGCCACUCCAUCUGUGAUGUAUUUAGGCUACGCAAUUCAUAAAAUUGCCCGGAUGGUAGAACACAGCGAAACUGACAGAAGAAUGAGAAGCAAAAGUUUUUCAGUGCGCUGGAAACAACACCGUGGCUUAGAAGAAACUGAGGAGGAUCAUGAGGAAGACCCGAUGAUGUACCCAGAAAUAGAGCUGGAAAGUGAGCGGGAGAACAAAGAGCAGCAGGCUCCUGCCAAAGCUAAGCACGAUGGCAGGCGGCGAAUUCGUGAAGAUGGACUCAUGAAAAUUUAUGUGCUGCAGCUUCUUGCAAGGACUACGUUUGAAAUUGGCUUUCUUGUGGGUCAGUAUUUUUUGUAUGGUUUUGAGGUCAGCCCUAUAUUUGUGUGUAGCCGGAAGCCGUGCCCACACAAGAUAGAUUGUUUUAUUUCAAGGCCAACUGAGAAGACCAUUUUCCUACUAAUAAUGUAUGGUGUGAGCUGUCUGUGUUUACUUUUGAAUGUCUGGGAGAUGCUUCAUUUGGGAUUUGGCACAAUCCGGGACACAUUAAACAACAAAAGAAAAGAGCUGGAAGACUCUGGUACCUAUAACUAUCCUUUUACUUGGAAUACACCAUCUGCUCCUCCUGGCUAUAACAUUGCGGUCAAGCCAGAUCAAAUCCAGUAUACUGAAUUGUCCAAUGCCAAAAUGGCCUACAAACAGAACAAAGCCAAUAUAGCUCAGGAACAGCAGUAUGGAAGCAAUGAAGAGAACAUUCCAGCUGACCUUGAAAAUCUGCAGAGGGAAAUUAAAGUGGCUCAGGAACGCCUGGACCUUGCAAUCCAGGCUUAUAACAACCAAAACAAUCCUAGCAGUUCCAGAGAGAAGAAAUCCAAAGCAGGCUCAAACAAAAGCAGUGCCAGUAGCAAAUCAGGAGAUGGGAAGAACUCUGUCUGGAUUUAAUGUUGGUUGAGUUUAAAUAUUGUGUUUUGUCUCCUCGUUUAUCAUAACCAGCAACCCCUUGAAUAAUUACUUCCAUUGAGUAAAUAUUUGGCUCUGCUUAUUUUCAGGGAUACUGUUGGCUAGUGAUCCAGGCUCUCAGAAAAGUGUUUAUACACAUACUCUAGGAUUAUAGAACUUUAUUCUUCUGUCUUCCAAGUCAGGAGACAAAUAGGUAUAUUUAAAUCAUUCUCAUUGAACGGUUUUUGCUGUAUGUACAGUAUUAUAGUACAUUUAUUAUGCACAAUUUUUUGUAUUUGUACACUGGAUCUCUGAAGUUACACUUUUUUAUAUUAAUGAAGAGAGAAUGGGAGGUAGCUGUUAGCAUUUUGCUAGUUUUAUUCCUGUGGUCUGCAGGUUCAUUGUUCUUUUUGUUUUGUUUUAAAUGUAAGCCUUUCGAUGCUGCAUUUCAAAAGUGCCUUGAACACACCACAGAAGACUCUCUGGUUAUCCAGGCAGCCCACGGGUGCCAGUCACUUAGCAGCAGAGCAGUGAAAGAUUUGGAGAACAUCUGUUAGUGGUGCUGCUGACCGUACUUUUACAAAAAUGAUGUGCUACUUAAAAAUAGGAGUCAUACUAUGGUUAGUAUGUGCUACAUUUUUUUUAACUCAAUGGAAAAUUACUUAUGGAAAAAUGCAUAUGUGUUGGAAUACAUAUGUUCAGAGUAGGAUUGCUGCCAUAAUGCAGAGUGGGGUCAGACCUCCCUGCAAGCUUUAUUCAACAGGAGGGAAAAGAAACUUCGUCUCCUGUAAAAUAUUCAAAAAAAAAAAAAAAAAAAAAGUAAACAUAAAUUUACUGUGUUCAGUAAUUUCUUAUAUUUAUGUAAUAUCUAUGGAAAGAUAUGUUUUUGAGGUCUGUUAUUAUAUAACACCCCACCCUCGAGGGCAUUAAACUGUUACAGUACCUUUUGGAUAACAAAUUUCUGUCUUUAUGAAGUAAUCUGGUUAGAUGGAGUCAUGGUGAUUUUUUCCCCAUACAUUACAUUCAAGGAGUAACCUUCCUCUCCUGCCCCCCGCACCCAGCACACACGCAUGCUGUCUACAAGAGUUUUUACAAAGCAGUUUCUGAAUAUAAAUGAUAAUGCCUUAUUCCAAACCUCCUUCUUUUCAUUAUGUCCAAGGAAUUAAGUUCAGACAGAGCAAUAUGUAUAAUUUAGAUUUCUGCUUGAGAGACCAGUCAGAUUUGGCAUUCUAUGGUUUUGGCAUUAAACUUGAAUUUAUAAUUAGAAAAAGGAGAAGGCGGUAUUUACUGCCUUUGGCGGUGUCUUUUUGGCGAGGAUGAGUAUUAAUGUUUGAGAGGUGCUGAUAUAUCUAUAUGCUUUUUUUGCUACUAUUUAUAAUGUAUUUAGAACCUUAUUCUGUUUUCUCCUUUGUUAGGUUUUAGUCCAUUUAAUGUAUUUCGCAGGUGGCGGUGGGGAGCUUUCUCAAGUGAGAGGGGAACUGUUCUGUUUCGAGGCUACCUCAGUCUUUACUGCCCUCGUUACAGUCUGAUCAGGAGCAGGACUGAGAAGCAAGGCUAUAUAGAGAGCAUACGUAAACCCAUAUUCCAUUCCUGCAGAGCAUCUAAAUGUAGGUUUUACAUUAAAUUUAAGUAAGGGGAUAUGAAUUAUCCCAUGGUAACUGCGAGCAGGUGCUCAUAUCCCAUUACUUUACCCAAGCAAUUGCUGAAAACAGGUGUUUUGCUGAAUUGUUUUCAUGUCUGUUUCCACUUUGGGACCCCAAACAGUCUUGAGUGUCCAGGCAUAGAUCCCAGCUAUCAGCUCCAUUUCGGAGAGAGACGUAAAUGCACCUGGAGCCAAUGCAGUCCUUUGCACAAGGUCCGUGAGUCAGCCUCUCCGGUUCACCUCCAGCAGAGAGCUGUUUUGUGUUUUGGAAGCAAACCUGCUCGCUCUUCUGACUGUACAUCCUGCCCCCUGUUCGGGGAAAGGAGCAACCUCACAGUUUCACAAGCAAAGGUUUUGGGGUGAUCUUUAUAUCUAGGUGAUAAAAACACUAAGUGUGUAGCCGUCUCUGAAAGCUGGCUGGCUGGCUCAGCCUGGACGAGCUUUGUGGAGCAAGAGUUUAGUGGUGUUCCUUUAGUUAAACAGAAGUGGGAAGAGAAGUACACUGAGGACAGACUGAGAGGCUUUGCCAGCAGAAAAAUGCAAGUGUGAAGGAGAAGCUGGGUAAAAAACAUGUUGUCUGAAAGUACUAGAGAAAGACAUUUGGAGCCUGGAGAUAAACACUGAUGCAUGGCUACAAUCCAUUCAUUAUCCCCAAACAGUGCGGCUCAGUUGCUCUUUUCAGCUUCCCAAAAGGGUUAUGUUGCUUUUAACCCCAUGUGAUGAUUUUGAAUGCUCUUUAAUGAGCUGAAUUGCAAGAAGUUAAAAUGCUUUUUCCCUUGCUGCUCUCUUCACUAACUGCAGUUCAGCAGUUUCUUGUUAAUAGCUUAAAUUAUCUUUGCAAUCAGUUCAUGACUGCUGCUUCACCUGUUAUUUGUAUUAGCCCUUUCCUGAUUAAUUAUCUAAACCAUUACCUGCCUAAAACAAUUGUGUCAGGUCAGCCCUGUGAUGAGCUUUUGUCCAAACUGGUAAAUAAUUCCAUUAGUGGCCAGAGUAUAUAGAAUAUUCCACUCCUGGUGCCGAAUUCAUUCCAAAAAAGAAAAGUAAUGGAACUGUUUUUGUUAUCAUUUCAUUUUAGUUGGUAAAAAGUGCACAUUUUCUUUGAAACUGUUUGUUGUUAGUAGAGGAUGUCUGUUAAAGCUCUAAAUGUUCAUGUCUGUGAUUGUAUUCAGUUUCAAAGUAUUGGGCUUGAUUUUUCCUUUUGAAGAAAUGAUACGUGCAUUACUUUAAAAUGCUCUCCUGCUUUGGCUUAAAUUUAGGCCAUUCUGAAAUAAACAUUCAGUGCAGACUUUUAAAAAUAUUGAACGUAACUUGUAUUUGUGUUGUCGUUCUCUGGUUUUGGAUGCAGUUUUGAAGAAUAUCUAUUAAAUCCAGUGGAUUACUGAAAAAUCCACUCUGAAUCAGAUGGCUUUUUUUUCCAGCAAUAGAAUAUGCUCUGAAUAUGUCAGUGGGGGAGAGGGUUAUUUUAAUGAUUUGUCUUAAACAACAACUUGGAAUUUUUAUAUAUUUGACCUUGUUUACUAUAAUAAAGAGUUAGUUAGAAAUCAACUGUA